AUGAUCAUGAGGAGAGCGCCUUCAUGGGCUGUGACAGCCCUGUCCUCGUCACGCCCACCAACACCAAACUUACGAUCCUCAUCAUUUCGCUGCUUCCAAUGCGCAUCAAAAACAUGGGCCGUCGCUCACCCCAUCACCGCCCAUGGACCACCGCCGAAAGCGCCCAAGCCGUCACCAGACUUUGGCGAUCGCGUCGAGAGACGGAAGAAACAUGAGGAGUUGAUUAAAAAAGCGAGUUCGCAGGCGUCACACGCCAAAUACCCGCUUAAGAAACGGUUUUGGAAGGAUGUUCAUGUGAAGGAAUCGGAUGAUGGGUACCAAGUACUGCUAGAUACACGCGCGAUCCGCACGCCGACGCGAACGGCCUUGACAAUACCCAGCUCGAAACGCCAUCUGGCCGAAGCCAUCGCUCUCGAAUGGGACCUGCUAACGUCCGCGCAGCAAGCGCUCAAACAAGAUUAUAUCCCACUGACAUCGCUGACCGCGCGCGCGGCCGACAUUGCGCAAGAAGAUAAUGUUGGCCAGGACAAAAUCCGCAAGGAAAUCGCCAACGUGGCCAAGAUCUUUUUGUCUACAGAUACACUGAUGUGCUGGGAACCAGAAAGGAGACUGCACAACCCAGACCAGGAAACGCUACGCACUGCGCAAGUCAAAGCUGCCCGAAAUGUUGUUGGAUAUCUCACUCAGACCAUAUGGCCGGGCGUCGAGAUCAGCCCGAUCCUCGACGAGGACAGCAUCAUGCCCGUCGGGCAAAGCGCGGCUACGGAGAGUGUCAUUCAGGACUGGGUUGCGUCGCUGCCACCUUAUGAGCUGGCCGGUCUGGAGAGGGCGAUUGUCGCGUGCAAGAGCUUGCUGAUCGCGGCCAGGCUGGUGGUUGAAUGGGGCGAGCAUUUCAGCCAUAUCCAGCCCACGCCGAGUGCUUCGAGGUUCGGUGCUGACGAGGCUGCUAAAGUGUCGAUGCUGGAAGUUAACUACCAAACUGAUAUCUGGGGCGAGGUCGAGGAUACUCACGACGUCAACCAAGUCGAUGUCAAGCGGCAGCUGGGUGGUGUUAUUCUCUUGAUUAGUGGGAAUAAAGGUCACAAACGGUCCAAGAGUUACUUGGCGCGCUCCAUCCUACACCGCGACAAGUCCAAGGGUAGUAGUGCUGCUGGUGGUGACGAUGACAGUGACCGCAGCGGCGACGGAUCCUCGAUUGCCGACACCCCGCGAAAAUCCUCUCUAUCACUAAACAGAAUCCGCAGCACACGAAAAGUGCCCACGACGUCGGAGCCGAUGGACUCGCCCAGUGCCUCGGGCGACGUUUCGAUCAACCCCAGUGGUGAUAGUGGGGAGAGUCCCGAAAAGCCAGAGUCGAUCAAGAACGAGGACCCCAGUACAACAAUCGAGCAGUCGGUGAGGGCGUUUCGGCUUUUUGAGAUUCUGCGCAAUGGCGAUACUACUGCCAUCUCAAAGGCGAUCAAGGAGGCCAAGGAGGACGGUUCCGGGACAACGUCGUCGGGCACAACAAUCUUGCACCUGGCGAUCCAAUGCGCCGAAUCGCAGGUCGUGGAUUUCGUCCUGGCCAGUGGCCCCGAUAUCGAUGUCAAUGCCCGCGACCGCGAGGGAAACUCUCCGUUGCAUCUUGCCUCGCAGCUUGGGCGCGACGCUGUUGUCAAGGCUCUGCUUGAGCAGCCGCUGAUCGACGACUCGGUGGUCAACUACCGCGGCCAGACCGCGCUCGACCUGGCUCGUACGCCGGAAAUCUUCCAGCAGCUGCAGCUCUCUCGCUCUAUCUUUAUCGAUGCCAAGACGAAGCAGAUCCAGGACAUGGUUAUCCGAUCCGACUACGAUGCUUUGGGGAAGCUGCUUGAGGAGCCGCGCGUGCAGGGCACUGUUGAUGUCAACGCUUUGGAUCUUGUGACUGAUACAGUCACUUCCCAAACGGGGGGCACAUUGCUUCACGAAGGUGCCAGGAAACGGGAUACUUCUCUGCUCCAGAUCCUGCUGAUGCACGGCGCCGACCCCUUUCGACGCGACAAAAAGGGCAAGCUCCCUCAGGAUGUCACCAAGGACGACAAGACAAAGGCUAUUGUCAAGAAAUCGCCUGCUGCUGUUAUAGCCCAGCGUGGGAUUCAAGAACGCGCCAUUCUGGGCAACAGUCCCUCGGCGCCUGCUUCCCACAGGGCCGUGAGCAUGGAAGUCACCAUAGCAGGAAAGGAUGCCAGGGAAAUGAAGGGCUAUCUGAAGAAGUGGACAAAUUAUACUUCGGGGUUCAAACUGCGGUGGUUCGUGCUUGAGGAUGGUGUCUUGAGCUAUUACAAACACCAAGAUGACGCGGGCUCUGCCUGUCGAGGUGCUAUUAGCAUGCGCAUUGCGAAGCUACACAUGGAUGCACAGGACAAAACCCGCUUUGAAAUCCACGGCAAGUCGUCGGUCAAGUAUCAUCUCAAAGCCAACCAUGUAGUCGAGGCCAAGCGAUGGUUCUGGGCCCUUAACAACGCUAUUCAAUGGGGAAAGGAUGAGGCAAAGGAAGAGGAAAGGCGGAAAACCAAGGAUGCCGAGGUUCUACAGGCAAAACUACACCAAGUCGACAGUCGCGUUUCCGAUUCUCAGGGUGAGCCCUCUAGCAGCAGACUUAGCCCCUCCAAGGGUCUGGCUGCUCCCAAAUCGACCACAAGUUUUUCGCGCGUGAGCUCGCGGACCCCAGCAGAGUCAACAUUCGCCGGCGGCGACGACGAGACCUCUGCGUACGGCUCUUAUGCGCAGAGCGUCACUCAGACUGAUAUCCAGCGACACACCAGCCAUCCUGUCGGGCCCGAUGGCGACGUCGAAUACGACGAUUACAACGACUACGCUUCCAGCCGCGGCGAUGUACAGCCUGCAAACAAGGAUGCCUUUUAUAUCACUGCGCAAUCUGCAAAGCUCCAGCUUGACCUUCUGUCCAAUGUCUCGUCUUCUCUUCAGGUAGAAAAGACCAAAAAUCCGGACCUGACUGUGUCCGACCCAGCGGUGGAUCGCGCUUUAACCGCCUACGAUUCUGCCGUGGGCAGUUUGAACGGCCUCUUGGCGAAUCUGAUGAAAAUAUCCAGAGACCGAGAUGCGUACUGGCAGUACCGUCUCGACAAGGAGUCUGACACGCGCAAGAUGUGGGAAGACAGCAUGGCUCGAAUUGUGCAAGAGCAUGAAGACUUGCAAAGUAAAGUCGGCGAGUCCGAGGAAAAACGCAAGCGGACGAAGAAGGCACUCAAAGAGGUUCUCGAGAUUUCGGCCGAUCCUGAUAGUAAGCGUGCAUCUCAAACGCAACUUGACGAAACGGUAGAUGCGUUGGAAGAGGCUGUGGAGGCCGCUGCGAUUGAACAACCACCAUCACCACCACCAACGACCCAAGAAGUAGAAAAGGUCGACGAUGUGCCGGUGAAGCGGCUGAGCAUUUCUGAAUAUGCAGACCUCGCAGAGUCGGACUCUGACGACGACGACGCCGAGUUUUUUGAUGCCAUCGAGUCUGACGAGUUGGAAGUUCAAGAAUUGGUUUCUGUUAAUGAGUCGGCGGAGAAACAGCCAGUGGAUGAUGAAGCAGCUGAUUUACGUUCUGCGAAACUUUCGGCCAUUACUCCGUCUUUCAAGGGUUAUGAAGAUCCUGUCCGGGAAAGAUUGAAGAUGGAUAACGACGAUCGGCCCAAAAUUUCUCUCUGGGGUAUUCUCAAAUCGAUGAUUGGUAAAGACAUGACCAAGAUGACUCUCCCAGUGUCUUUUAACGAGCCCACCUCUCUUCUUCAACGUGUUGCCGAGGAUAUGGAAUACGCAGAUCUCCUGGAUAUUGCUUCGGACCGUUCCGAUUCGUUGGAGCGUUUGCUAUAUGUAGCUGCGUAUGCAAUUAGCGAGUACGCCUCUACAAUUGGACGUGUGGCAAAGCCUUUUAAUCCCUUGUUGGGAGAGACCUUUGAAUAUGUUCGACCAGACAAAAAUUACCGGUUCUACGUCGAGCAAGUCAGCCAUCAUCCACCGAUUGGUGCUGCUUGGGCCGAGUCGCCGAAAUGGGAAUACUUUGGUGAAUCGGCGUUAAAGUCCAAGUUUUACGGAAAGUCGUUUGAUAUCAACCUGCUGGGAACUUGGUUCUUGAAACUACGCCCGAUUACUGGCGAUGAGGAAAUCUACACGUGGAAGAAAGUCACGUCGUCGGUGAUCGGCAUCAUUACCGGAAACCCCACCGUAGACAACUACGGGCCGAUGGAAGUGCGCAACUGGAAGACGGGCGAGGUUUGCCAGCUCGAGUUCAAGCCCCGUGGCUGGAAGGCGUCGUCUGCGUACCAAGUGAGCGGCAAAGUGAUGGACGCGCAGGGCAUCACCAAAUACAGCAUUGGCGGACGAUGGAACGACAAGAUCUUUGCUCGACCAGCGUCAGGAAACGAGGGCGGAACCCCUGAAGGCGAUGGCCGGACAGUGCUGCUGUGGCAAGCCAAUACUCGGCCACCCAACAUCCCAUUCAAUCUGACCCCCUUUGUGGUCACUCUGAAUGCGAUUCCGGACAACCUGCGACCCCAUCUGCCCCCUACCGACACCCGCCUCCGCCCUGACCAGCGUGCGAUGGAAGAUGGGGAAUAUGAUCUUGCGGCCACGGAAAAGCAUCGGGUCGAAGAGAAGCAGCGAGCCAAACGACGAGACCGCGAAAGAACGGGUGACGAAUUCGUUCCCCAGUGGUUCAAAAAGGCCAAGUGCCAGGUCACCGGCGAGGAAUACUGGCAGUCUACGGGCGAUUACUGGAAAGCCAGAGACGCGGGCGACUGGAGUGCCACGGAGUCUGGCAGAAUAUCAACAUCCGGUCGACUCGGUCAGACAAGCUCACGGUCGACCAUCACCACGAUGGCAAGCGAGUAUACCUGCAACAUGUGCAGGCAAAUUCUGCUGCCCAAGGCCCACGGUCGGGUCCUAUUCCGACGAAUUGCCCAACCCAGCAAUCGCAGAAGCAAUUUCUCAACAUCCUCAUCGACCGCAGCUCCGCGGAACCCGCUCCUUCGAAUUCACAGCAACAGUCCCGCGCAAUUGAGAUCGCUGCAGCAGUCAUCAUUUGGAAUUGCCCGCGCUGGUGCAGCUCAGAAAUCAGCAGUCCUGUUCAAACCGCUGUCGAGAAGCGUGCAGAGUGCUAUUGCCGUCCCCCAACCGUCGGACGAAACGCGGCCGCUGCGCAAGGCCAACAACCUCUUCCACUCGUUCACAAAUUCGCCGUCGCCGAUUAUCAGGAAACGCGCAGAGUUUAUUAAGCAUAACGCUUUCUGUCCUCAUCCGAGCCACCAGCAGACGCGCAUAUCCCCGUCGUCUCCGGAAGAAAAAAAGGAAAUUGACAACAAUAAUGCUGGAGAAGAAAAGCUUCCUCCGGCCCACGCGCACUUUGAAUGCCCAGACUGCGGGGUGCCAAUGUACUGCUCCGAGGAGCACUGGAUGGACGACUACGAAGCGCAUCUCGAAGUAUGCGAGACAGUGCGCCAAAUCAACGAGGACGACCACGAUCUCGUGUCUGGCCGGUUCUUCCCCGAAUUUGCGUACCCGGGCCCGCAAGACGAUAAUUUCAUCGUCAACAUGACUAAUUGGGAUACGUAUCUGUAUACGCGUGAGUUUGAGGCGAUUAAUAAUGAGCGCAGCAUGCGGCAGGUGACUCGGUUGUUGACAUAUCCGGCGACGAUUGCGAGUGUGUUGCAUGAAUUGAGUCCGUAUAGCUUGCGCUCGGAUGGGAAGCUGACUGUCGAGGGGAUGAAGAGUUUGAGUGCACUUCGCUACACCCUCCAUCCACCCAAGCAAGGUGAGGGCAAAGAUGUCAAGGGUCUACGUCUGAAAGCACCCCCCGUGCGCAUCUUCAUUCUCGGUGCCCGCGCCGAGUCCUCGCUGCCCCGUCAAGUCUGGCUGCAACUGUCACACAUGUUCCCCAAUGCGCUGAUCAACCUGAUCUUCAUCGGACCGGAGAGCAUGGCAAACCGCGACGAGGAGUUCCCCUUGCCCGAACGCACGCCCGAGAACCCCUUUGGCGGCAUCACCGAAGACCGACUGGGUCCGCAAAUGAAAAUCACCACAUACGUGGACUACUUCCACACGAUGCACAAUGCGCAAUAUUUUGCUCCGUAUGACCCGUACUUUGACUGCUUCAUGCUCUUCCACCCGGGCCUCGGCCACCCAGCGUCCUCGCAUGAGUGGGAAGAAACACUCCCCAAACUGCUCGAGACCAAGGUACCCAUCCUCUGCACGGGAUAUACCCAAUCAGACAUGGAGCGCGAUAUCAACUGGGUUCACGACAAGUGCCGCGGUGAGUUUGAUGUCUUGCUGCACCCUGGAGAAAACCGCUUUCGCAGUUUGAGAUGGGAUCUGAAUGAUAUGGAUCCUUUGGAUGUGUCGGCGGGGAAUUGGGGGUUGUGGGGAUUCCGCGGAAAACGGUACGAGGCUACUCAAAAGAAUGGCAGUGACACCAUUGCUGUGUGA